AUGAACCGUAGUAAAUUUCAGACCGAUGAUCUGGUGAUAAUCGAACCAUCGUAUUAUUCCGAUGGGAUACCUGUGUUCCACCCGACGUCUAAACAGUUUGACAAUUUUUAUCAAUUUAAUAAGGCAAUUAACAAAUAUGGUAUGAAAUCUGGUAUCAUUAAAGUCAUCCCUCCGAGGAAAUGGUUGGACCUGUUGGCCCAUAAUUAUAGUGACGAUCGAAUCAAUGGUAUAAAAAUAAGAAACCCCAUAAUCCAACAUAUACAUGGCACUAGUAAUGGGGUAUACAGUCAACAAAAUGUUGAACGGAAUCGAUCGUAUAACAUUUAUCAGUGGAAGAAGAUGUCUGAAUCAUCGGCUCAUCAACCUCCAACAUCUACCAGCUUAUCAAGAUCCAAGAGGGGUAAUGCUGAUCAUGAUCAUAAACAUAAUAAUGAUAAAGACCAUGAUAAUGCUAAUCAUGAUAAUGAUGGAGCUUAUCAUUCUAAAUUACCGGUAGAUGGAAAAAAAUUCAAUAUUGAUACUUCCGAAUUCACUAGCAAACGAUGUCAAGCUCUUGAAAAGGUAUACUGGAAAUCUUUAACGUAUACUGAACCAAUGUAUGGAGCAGAUGUUUUAGGAUCAAUAUUUGAUGAUACCAUUACUAGUUGGAAUGUUAAUCAUUUACCCAAUGUUCUAGAUUUGAUGGAAGAAAAGGUUCCUGGGGUUAAUGAUGCAUAUUUAUAUGCUGGCUUAUGGAAAGCUACUUUUGCCUGGCAUUUGGAAGAUCAAGACUUAUAUUCCAUCAAUUAUAUUCAUUUUGGAGCCCCUAAACAAUGGUACCUGAUCCCUCAGAAUCAAGAAACGAAGUUCUUUGAAUUGAUGAAACAAAUCUAUGAUGAUGAAUGGCGUUCAUGUCCGGAGUUCCUUCGUCACAAGACGUUCUUGGUAUCACCACAGUUUUUGGAUAAACAUGGCAUCAAAUAUAACAAAGUUAUACACUAUCAAGGAGAAUUCAUUAUCACGUAUCCUUAUGGGUACCAUGCUGGGUUUAACUAUGGCUAUAAUCUAGCAGAAUCCGUGAACUUUGCCUUGGAUGAUUGGUUCAUCAUUGGUGAAGUUGCAAAUAUCUGUCAAUGUAUUCCCGAUGCAGUUCAUAUAAAUAUUAACGAACUCCGGUCUAAGUUUUAUGGCACUCCUUGUAUUCCUGACGACACCGACACUGAUGACGACAAAGAAAAAGAAGAAGUACAACAAUUAAAUCCCAAAAAGAGAUCAACGCCAGAUCUGAAACGUUUAUCAUUGCAUAAGAUACAAUACGAGACUAGUGCAGCAGAAGUACGAUGUGGAUUGGUUGUGUUCAAUGAUCAACAAAAUUUCCAACUUCAACUACUAAAUUACCCUCAAUUGGAUAAAAUUGAAUCCGUACCUUAUCGAGAUGUGAUAGUUGAUGAUGAUUGGAACUACUUUUGGGUGAAGCAAAGGAAACUUACACUUUCGUUGAAAAUGGACCGUACUAUACAUAAAUAA